UGCGUGGCCGCCGCGCCGGACGGACGCGCUUGAGCGGGUCUCCGCGCUCGUCGCCAUGGCUGACCCCACUACUCAAUCCCCCUUCGUUUCUUCAUCCUCAUCCUCCUCCUCCGGUCAGUCACAGCCCCAGCUCGGAGGCUGCGGGGCCGCUGGCUCCGCCUUCUGCGCCGUCCACGACCUCCUCUUCUGGCGGGAUGUGAGGAAGACGGGGAUCGUCUUCGGCGCCAGCCUCCUCCUCCUCCUCUCCCUGGCCACCCUCAGCGCCGUCAGCGUGGUCGCCCACCUCGCCCUGGCCCUGCUCUCUGUCACCAUCAGCCUCCGCGUCUACAAAGCCGUCGUCCAGGCUGUCCAGAAGUCGGAAGAGGGGCACCCCUUUCGAGCUUACCUGGAGCUGGACGUGACCUUGUCCCCCGAGACCUUCCAGGCUCACGCCACCACCGUCGCCCACCACCUCAACCAGGUGCUGCGGUUACUCCUCCGCCUCUUCUUGGUGGAGGAUCUGGUGGAUUCUGUGAAGCUGGCCAUGUCGAUGUGGCUGCUGACCUACGUGGGAGCCGUCUUCAAUGGCAUCACCCUCCUCAUCCUCGCCGAGCUAUUGGCCUUCACCCUCCCGCCCCUCUACGAGAAGUACAAGGUGCAGAUCGAUCACUACGUGGGCAUCGCCCGCAACCAGACCAAGGACCUCAUGGCCAAGAUCCAGGCGAAGCUCCCAGGCCUGGCCAAGAAGAAGCCGGAAUAAAACCCCAGGGGUGGCGGGGAAAUAUCGGGGUACCCGGCUGGUGCCCCACCACCACCCGAGCUCAUCUGCUG